UGUCAAGUGACUCAGCAUUUGGUUUAAAAAUAUAACAAUACGUAAUGCUAAGCAACGCUAAUGCGACGAUCUGCGACACUCACAUAACAAAAACAACAAAAGACAAAAGACAAAAAACGGCUUAGAAUCGCAGGUUAGAGCAGCGGGUCCUCUGAAGUCGUACACAAAAGUACUUCAAUUCAGACUGGAGUAACUUGAAGUAGCCCGUUCUAGGGGGCCGUUCUACCGUUCCAGGAGUCCUUCUUUAGGUAAUAUAUCAGGAUAUUUGAUGAUAAUUAUAUCCUUUGGUCACCAAAGUUGUACCAAAGACAAAAUGGCAAAAAGCAAGUUUAAAAAGAAAAAAAAAAAUAGCAUUCUACAGUCUGGAAAAAUUGCGAAUGUCCAGGGCAGCAAGACAAUUAAGAGGUAAAACAAGAAUAACAUUUCAUGAGGUAGGCGAUCUUAUUUCCUUUUAUGUUUAUUGUCGUAACGUUUUUCUUUUUUGUCAGAAGAGGCUCCUGCCGGUCGUUUGAGUGAAAAGCAUGGGCUACCUGUGCAAGUUAGUUCCCAGUAGUACGCGUUCGUAUUGCGCCUGACUAAUAUUUGAAAGAGUAUUUGAAAAUGUUCUGAGUAGAAGGGCAUUUUCGAUUUAUUUGCACCACACCAUCCUCGAAAAUUCGUCUUGAGGAGUGCGUUUAAUAGUCACAGAUGGAUGAUCUCAUCGAAGAUGGAAAAAACAGCAGGUGGAUAGUGUGCAAGUUUUGCCAAUCAAAAGUGCUGAGACCAAGCACUGCAAGAUAUGAAGAAAGGGAGGUGAGGUUAACGCUUCCGUUGUUUUUUUCGCCACCAUGAAACUUGCCUCCCCAAUUUUCGAAUGAAGCUAGGUCAGCAGCUUUAUUGAAUAUGCACGGCCUUUCCUGCCCCAAUGCUUAGUGGGGCCAAGGGCACCAAAUGACGGCUUUGCAUGUUUAGGAUUCAUAGACAUGCAUAGUUGUCUAGAGUGGUAAAAGCUCUACAGUGAACAUUCCUAUUAAGUGGUACUAUUAGCUUGUUUAUCUGCACGAUAAAUCCAGGGAUUCUUAAUGCAUUUCGAACUGAUUGUCACUUUCUUCAUUUUUCCCGAAAAGCUGAGACGUUACUUACAUGUAAAGGUUCACGAAAACAAUAGAUUUCUGAGGCCUCUAUAUCUGUAACUAUUUUCGAAAACGAAAAUUUUAGGGGCCCUUUCUGAAGAAAGCAGCCAAAUAUAGGAAGUGAAAAUAAAUGUAAAUAAAACUCAACUCUCGAAAAUCUUAAGGAAGUAAAUAUAAAAGCUAAAACAAACAAAAAAAAAAUGGAAGAGUCAUGUGGAUAUAAAAAGCCUUUCUCAAGCUCAGAGAAUUUAUAGUCUUAGUAUUUGCUUCCUCAAACAGAUAUUUCACAUAAAACUGGCAGUCAUCCAAUUUCCUUGGGUGUACAUGUUGGAAUUGGAUCAGAAGUUGUGCAUGUCACCUCACCUCUCAAUCAGUUUAUUAUGUCAACUAUUAUGAAUGCGAAUAACUCCACUAUAAUGGUCAUAUGGUUAUCAUUCACUCCAUAAAAAAACGACUUUUAACUUCAUGUCUUGAUUUCUGGCAGUAUUUUCAUGCAUCUUCACAACUGGCAAAAAAAGACAGACUUUGUUAUGUACUUUCUCUUAUACAUUUUCCUUUCUAAUAAUAUCAACAGCUCUUCCUGCCUUUUAUGCAGAAAAAGGAAGAUUUUACCACAGAAAAUCAAGAAGGUGAAACCCUGAAAAGUCACUGGCUUGUCCCCGAUAUGUUUGCUUUUGAAAAUGUUGGCUUUUCAAUGACUGUAGAAUCCAUCAAAUAUCUAGCUUGUGCUGACUGUGAGCGUGGACCAAUAGGAUGGCAUGAUAUCACAGACAAGACAAGGUUUUACAUUGCACUUGAACGAGUUGAACACAAACAAUUACCUCAAUAAUUUGUGGGUGUACUGAAGUUUGACAUUUUUAUCUACAUGAUUAUUGUACACCUAUCUUAUUUUCCUAGAAUAAUAUGUCAAGAUAUGAAUAGUUAUUAUUAUAAAAUAAAUUAAUAAUGAACAGCCAAUUAAAACCAGAAUAAACGGCAACUUUCUAGGAGAUAUUUCAGUGUCUAGCAAUUAUUUUAAUCUAACUUGCAUCCUUUGUAGUGGAACAACCUUUCAGUGGAACUGUCAUACAUGUAUAGCAAGCCUCCAUGUAACAAAGUCCUCAGUUUAACAAAAUAAUUUUAUUUUUUACCCCCAGUAAGUAUCAAUAAAUGAAAAAGACCCUCAAUAUAAUGAAGCCUUGUUAU